AUGACUGCAAGCGAGACACUUCCGCUUUACAACCCAACGGCCACCGACCCGGACGGUACGAAUAUGGCUCCUAAUACGAAAAAGAAUGUUGCCGAGUGCAUCUCUGAUGACGCACUGGUGCACUUCAAGUCAUACAAGUACUCAAGCGUCGACCUGUCGCCAGUCUCGAAAUACGUUCUUGGUCCUUUCUGGAAUGCCUCUGUCAACCUCCUACCACUGUGGAUUGCUCCCAACAUGGUGACCCUUUUGGGUUUCUGCUUCAUCCUGAUAAAUGUCGCUUUCUGUGCAAUCUGGAUGCCUGAUCUCGUUGGACCGGCUCCUUCAUGGCUUUACUUCAGCUUUGCCUUUGGCCUCUUCAUGUACCAAACGAUGGAUAACCUCGACGGAAAGCAAGCUCGACGAACUGGAACCUCAAGCGGCCUCGGCGAACUCUUCGAUCACGGUAUCGACUCCUUGAACUGCACACUCGCCAGUCUGCUCGAAACUGCCGCUAUGGGUCUUGGUACCUCUCCAGCUGGCAUCAUCACCGCUCUAUGCCCAUGCCUGCCCAUGUUCUUCUCGACUUGGGAAACCUACCACACGCAUACUCUCUACCUAGGCGUUAUCAACGGUCCUACAGAAGGCAUCCUUAUUGCCUGUGCAAUUAUGAUCAUGUCUGGCAUUUGGGGACCUGGCAUCUGGACCAUUCCUUUGGCUAAUGGCAUCAAGGAUACUCUACCUGGGCUUGCUGAGCUCCUUGGCGAGACCACUUUCCGAGAUAUCUGGAUUGGCCUAAUCAUUGGCUCCCUCGUCUUUACACAGAUUCCCUUCUGUGUGCUUAACGUUGCCAAGGCUCGCAAGUCUAGAGGAGAGCCCAUUCUUCCCGUCUUCCUUGAGUGGAUUCCUAUGGCCGUCUUCACUUUUUCGAUCGCCGCUUGGGUUUUCUCUCCUUACAGUACCAUCAUGAAGGAGAACCACCUCAUGCUUUUCUGCUUCAUCAUGUCAUUCGUCUUUGGCCGCUUGACCACUAAGAUUAUUCUCGCCCAUUUGACUCGUCAACCUUUCCCAUGGUGGACCGUUAUGCUAUACCCCCUUGUUGGUGGUGCGUUCCUCGGAAACAUGCCUCGAUUUGGACUCCCUCAGGUCAGCGCCCAGUUCGAGCUUUUCUACCUGUGGGCCUAUCUUCUCUUUUCCAUGGUUGUCUAUUUCCGCUGGGCCUGGCUCGUUGUUACCAGCAUUUGCAACUACCUCGGCAUCAAUGCCCUCACCAUCCCCAAGGAGAAACAGAUCGCCAACAAGGCGGCACAGGCUGCCAACAAGCUACACUAA